ACUCUUCUGGGCGAAUCCUUGCCGACGUCACUCCCGCUUGAUAUAAAGAAGCCCGAGCAGCAGCUCUGGACAGACUAAAGCAAAAGCGCGUUUUUGACUGCAGCGAAUUUCUAAAGCGAGGAUUACAGGAUUGCUAUUGUUGGAUUUAUUUAUCAGCCAAGGACCCUCUGUACGCACACAAUGACUCUGAACAAGGGUGACAAAUUCCGUAACAUGGAUAAGAGGAGAGGAAGCGUUCCGUUCCCAAUGAACCUUCCCAACCUGCACAGGAGAAGCAUGCCCGUGGACGACCGGGAUCUGCGCGCCACGACGCCGCAGACGGGGCAAACCGACGAGCUUUCCAACCUACUGCGCUGCACGUCCUACUCCCCGACCGACGAGCACCGAGGCAGCUGCGCCUCGGACUCUUCUGACUCGGUGAUCUCCACCGGGAGCGAGACAGACUCCCAGGUCUACAAGGUGGUCCUCCUCGGGGAGCACGGGGUCGGCAAGUCCAGCCUGGCGCGCGUCUUUGGAGGGCUUGAGGACGCCGGUCACGACUGCGAUGAAGCAGGAAAUACUUAUGACAGAUCUAUUUUUGUGGACGAAGAGGAGGCUUCCAUUUUGCUCUAUGACAUCUGGGAGCAGGAUAAUAGCCAGUGGCUAAAGGAGCAGUGCAUGAGGAUGGGAGACGCAUACAUCAUCGUGUACUCAGUGACGGACAAAUCGAGCUUCGAGAAGGCAUCAGAGCUCCGCAUCCAGCUGCGUCGAGCCAGGCAGUCGGAGAACAUUCCCAUCAUCCUUGUUGGCAACAAAAGUGACUUGGUGCGGUCCAGAGAGGUGUCAGUUGAUGAGGGAAGCGCCUGUGCCGUGGUGUUUGACUGCAAGUUCAUCGAGACGUCUGCAUCGCUUCACCACAACGUGCAUGCCUUGUUCGAGGGCAUCGUCAGACAGAUCCGUCUGAGGAAAGACAGCAAAGAGGAAAACGCGAGGCGCAUGGCCAACUGCAGGCGCAGAGAGAGCAUCAGCAAGAAGGCCAAACGCUUUCUGGGUCGCAUGGUCGCACGCAAAAACAAAAAGAUGGCCUUCAGGCAGAAGUCCAAGUCAUGUCAUGACCUUACGGUUCUCUGAGUAACACAUAGGAUAGAGAGACUAAUUUAUGUUCUUUUUUUUUUUUUUUCCUUUUUCCUUUGGCCUCUGAAGACCUGAUCCUGUGUGUGUUUUAACACUGAUCCUAAAGGACUAAUAGAGCUGUACAGAAUAUAUUUUUGUUUUUUCAUGCACAAACCAAAAGCUAAGACAGGAUGUGAUUUGCAAAAAAAACAAAAAAACAAAAAACAAAAGACCGGUAUUGUAAAAUGAUAUC